AUGUUCGUUUUUCGCUCUGGAACUACAUUUCCCGGCGCGCUAAUCGCAGAGAAUUUCCUCCAUUCUCGCGAAUCUACAAAAUCUCUUUUCGAAGCCGACGUUCCAAUUCCGUCAGUUGAGUGUGAGGACUCUGUUCUGAGCAGCCGCGAAGUCAGUCCAAGCCCCUCGAAUCCAACACGAUGGAACACCCCGCAAAGCCACUCAACGGUGGACACUGUUUGGGAGCAGAUGAAGGCUCUACAAAGCUUGAGAGUGACCUCCACGCUGCCUGCAGACCAGUAUUCCCGUUUACAAACGCCAAAUCCUUCAUUUCAGACUUCAUUCUACACGCCAACACGAGACAACGAUCUGGCAGCUGGUGAUGUGGUGGAAAGCUUGGGCGCCCUUCAUCUUCAAUCUCGGCAGUCUACCCCCAUGCCAUCCAUCGCACCCUCAAUGUAUAGCCCAUCCCCAUCUUCUAAAAGGAUAUACCAAGUCGAAUGCGAAGAGCCACCCAGUAACCCCUUUUAUCACUAUGAGUUCCAAAAAGCACUCUCGGGAGUUAUGUCAUGUAUCUCCAAUAUGAACAAGGUCUUGUCUAGUACUAGUAUACAUCAGGAAGUUGGGUCAGCUGUCCACAGCCUCCAGCAACAAGCCAUGAAUCUGGGGCGUCAGGAGCUUCCCUCGUCGCGCAUUGUUGGUAUGAUUGGUGAUUCUGCAGUAGGAAAGAGCAGCCUCAUCAACUCACUACUCGAUAAGCCGAACCUAGCAAAUUCGAGUGGUAAUGGUACUGCUUGUACAUGUACAGUCACAGAAUACGUGUAUCACGACAGUGAUGAGUAUAAGAUCCAGGUCCAGUACUUCGACCGAGAUGAGCUGGAGCAUCAAUUUAAAGAUCUCCUGAGCGCGUACCGAAACACAGAGGACCCUCAUGAUAGCCUGGAAUCAGGGCAGCAGAACAAAGAAGACCUGCAGGAGAACAAGGAAGCUUUAGUACAGAAGGCCAAUCUCGCGAGACAAACUUUUGAAGCCAUUUUCACGAGUUAUCUCAAAGAAGAUCCCGAAGCCCUCUCACGCGAAGGAUUCAGUCCUACUAUCGAGAAGAUGAUGCUUUGGGUCCGAGAACUGCUUCCAGAAUCCAAACACGAGGAAUCCUUUGCUACGCUCCAAGAGUGCGCUGAUCGGCUGAUCAUUUUGACUUCAGGGGCCGGUAAUUCGUUCCCGAGUUCACAAUCUGGUAUGCGGUGGCCCUUGAUCAAGAGUAUGAAAGUAUUCUUGAGAGCAGUCAUACUGAGCAAAGGACUCACCUUAGCGGAUGUUCCCGGUCUUCGCGACAGCAACCCUGUGCGUUCACGGAUUACGGAGCGAUACAUUCGACAAUGCGACCAGAUCUUCGCUGUUCUACCUAUCCAACGCGCUGCUGACGACAAAAGCCUCGAUAACAUUUUCAAACUAGCACAAGAUGCAAACCUCUCUAAAGUCGACAUAGUAUGCACGAAGUCCGAAGACGUGGAUACUAAAAAUGCCGCGUCUCAAUGGUCAGAACACAGGGAUGAACUUGGAGCGCUUCAAAGUGAGAUCGACAGCAUACAGGUCAAAGUCAAAAAGAUAGCAGAAGCUUUGGCUGAAAAAGAGGAGCUCGCUCCCGAUUUCGAGAGUCUCACUUUGAGUGAAGGGUACCAAGCGUUAUUAAUUGAACAACGUAUGUUGGAGAGAUACAGGAAGGGCAAAGAGCACGAGUUGCCCCACCGGCUCAUUCAGAUCCGCAAUGCUUCAGUCACUGCUAAACUCCACUACAAAUACCGGGAGCUUGAAAAGGAAAAACGCCCCAAGGUAUUCUGUGUGAGCAACAACCUGUACGAGAACAAUCGUACCGAGACUGGCCCAGUGCAUCUUGCCGCGAUCCACGUCAGCGGCAUUCCAGAUCUCCGACGACAUUGCAUUGGUAUCAUUGCAGAGAGCCAUUACCGAAUUUCUCGGCAGCUAAUCGAUCAUGAACUCCCAGCAUUCCUUGGCUCGGUGGAGCUAUGGAUGAAUUCCGGAGGCAGCAAUGCUACUGCUCCUACGUACUCUGCAUUCUGUCGCAAUGAAGGGGACCAUUUUACACCAGCAGUUGACUACCAUAAUUGGAACGAAGAAGCGAUUGCUUUGUUGCAAAAAGACAUGAAAUGUGUUUGGAAGGAUUUUGUUAAGACUCUGGAAGAGGAGCUAUGGAAGCUAAGCAACGACAUAAAAAGACUGUUUGAGGAUAUAUAUAUCUUGGCAUUGCCUCAACAACAAAACAGGGAGUCUUGGGUUCAAAGCCGCACUUCUGCAAUCCGGGGGCUCCGCAAGACCCUGAGGCAUCGCCGGGACAUUGUACUCGAUGGUGUGGAGAAGAGCCAGGAAAGGUUCUGGACAGAGAUGGCCACACUCAAAGUGAAUACUCUUGGCUCUUUAAAAACGGCGUUCGUAGGAGAGUGCAUGAAGGAGACGUAUUACGAAGCCAACAGUAAACAUGGCAAGGGGUGCACAGCCAAAAAACGGGCGUUAAUCACUGGACGAUUCGGCUCCGAGGCGUUGUUCGUGGACAUGCGAAAAGCAUGCAGGGCUGAUUUUGCACGUCUCGCAGGGGAACUGCAGGAUAGCAUGCAAAAUGUGCUAUCAGACCAGAUUACUCAGAUUGAAAGGGGUCUGAAGGUGUUGCGAGAGAGCAAUGCAGUGCUGGGCAGUGAACACGAUCCAGAUUUCAGGGACAAGGUACAAAACGCAAUGGAAGAUAUGGAGGGGAAGGUUGCCGAGGCUCAGAGGCUCAUUCGCCAGGUAGAAGCGGAGAUGAACGUGCGGGCGCCUUGAAUAUCGUGUUUUGUCACUACAAUAGCCAUUGCUU